UUCACCUCUUCAAAGACCCCUUCUUGGAGUGCUAGAGGCUUCCCUUGUGGCUCAGACGGUGAAGAAUCUGCCAGCAAUGCAGGAGACCCGUGUUCAAUCCCUGGUCAAUCCCUGGGUCGGGAGGAUCCCCUGGAAAAGAGAAUGGCAACCCACUCCA